CCAGGGGCUGCGGUAGUGCCACACAUUCGCGACCUCGAGUCCUUUCCGCGCACAACACGGUAAAACGAGUGGGUCAGCCUGAGUUUUUCCGAGAAUUUUACCGAGAGUUUUCCGCCAUUUAUGCGCCGACGAAGGAAAGGAAUGGAAAGGAAAGGCGUAAUUUUGAAGUUUAUUUUUCUAUGGAGUUCAAAUUACUGUCUUUAAAAUAAGACACUAACAAUCAUAGUCAUUAAAAAUCAAUAAACACACGACUAUUAAGAACUGCAGUAAUCCGAAAGCUUAAAACAUUAGGUUGCAUUCCAAAUUUUAAGUGUUGCUAAGUGAUUUGAAGCAAUAUCAAAACUACCAAUUAAAAUAUAUGGAGACUGCAGUUGCAUAAGCAUUUUCGAGGAAAGCCAAAAGCACUUAAAGUUGUACAGUAUUUUGGCAAGCUCUCUCCCAUUUUGCCAACCAAACUCAAAGAUGUUGCUGUGUUGUUUCAAUCUACAAAUAAAAGUGAUAUCUUAACUGCUGCAAUGGACAGCAGGAAAAAGGUUUUUUCAUCAAAUUGCUAAACAUUUAAGCCUCACAUAGAACGCUUUAAAUCUCCUUUCCACACUUUUUUUUAUCUCUAACACGGACAUUUUUCUGCGUGGUUUGCAAACCAGAAAGUGAUUGCUUUAUUGCUUAUUUUUUCUGUGCAGUGAAGCAAACUAAUGGUAAACUUAAAGUGUACUGAUAUAAAACGGAAAAAAGAAGCUGAAAUACAAAAAAAACAAAAGCAACAAGAGUGCGUUUAGAUGAAAUAUUUCAUUGGCGGCUAGCAAAAGUAAAAGUUUAAGUAAGCAUAAAACAAACUAGAAUAGCAGUAAAAAAAUAAAAAAACGAAUGGCGCAUUAUGCUGCUAAAGUCGACAAGGACGUUGGCGGCAGGAGCAGCAGCAGCAACAUUAGCAGCAGCUACAGCAGCAACGGCAGCAACAUCAGCACUUAAAUGCAGCAACAAGAAAAAUCAGCUGAAAACUGGCAAAUAAAACUCAACGACAGGCAAAAACUAUUAAAUCUCGCUGGAUGCCUGCGGCAAUAGUUAUUGUUAAACAACACAAGCAGCGGCAACAGAAGGAGCAGCAGAAGCAGCGGAAGCAGGACCAACGGCAACAGGAGGGGCAACAAAUUUGCAAUAUAAAUUUAUGCGGAUUUUCGCGUCGCAGCGGCGCCGCCGACGUCGACAUCAUCGAAUCGCGUAGCCCAGGCCAUGCUGCUGAUGUCGACGUCCCAGCAGCAAUAUCUCCGGUAGCAACAGCAGCAAUAGCAACAACAGCAGCAGCAGCAACAGCAACAUCAGCAACAACAGCAGCAACAGCAACAGCAGCAACAGCAACAGCAGCAACAGCAACAGCAGCAACAACAAGGCCAGCGACGACGACGAGAGCAGUUAUUAUAAUAAUGGCGUUAGUUGUUAGCAUAAUACAGCAACAGCAACCAUUGGAACAGCAGCAACAACAAUCGCUACUCUGGCCAUUCUAUAACGGACUUGGUGUGGCGGCUGCCUUAACUGGGGAGCAGGAUGACUCCAGUGAUGGUCCAACCCUGUCGACAUUCCUGUCAUCAUCACCGUCGCCAUCAGCGGCAUCAUCACCGAACUCUUCGCCAUCGUUUGCGGCGGCGAAUGGGCCACAAACGGAAGCCACGAAUCACACUUUCAAGAGUUUAGCCUUCCUGGACGCUUCCUUUGGCUCCGGUCUGUUUGCCCAGAACGAGAGGGAGAAGGACGAGGAACUGGACACGGACAAGGACAUGGAGUUGGACAUGGACUCCUCGUCGCAGUCGCUGCCAAUUUUCGACUUUGGCAUGCCGCGCAACAUCACCGGACGCACUGGCCACACGGAGGCCAUAAUUAAAUGCCGCGUGGACAGUCUGCAUGAUAAAUCGGUAUCCUGGAUACGGAAACGUGAUCUGCAUAUCCUGACCGUAGGCACCGCCACCUACACCUCCGACAAGCGAUUCCAGGUGAGUGAAUCGAAGGAUUCCAGGGAGUGGACGCUCCAUGUGAAAUCGCCACUGGCCAAAGACAGUGGAAUUUACGAGUGCCAGGUGAACACGGAGCCCAAAAUGUCGAUGGCAUUUCAGCUGAACAUCAUCGAGAUUUCGCCGGAUGCCAAGGCGGUUAUCAGUGGACCGCCCGACUUGCACUUCAAGGCGGGCAGUGCCAUAAUCCUCAAUUGUCUGGUGCAGCAGCCAUCGGUGAAGGACAUAGGGCCGAUCUAUUGGUAUCGCGGCGAGCACAUGAUCACUCCCUUCGACGCGGAUGAUGGGCAGCCGGAGAUUCCAGUUGGCAGAAAUAAGGAUUCCAAUGGCAGGAUCCCCGAGGACCCAUCCGUGAAUGACAUUAUGAGCGAGGUGGACCUGCAAAAGGAGUUCGCCACACGCAUCGCCAUGGAAUCGCAGCUGGGCGAUACCCUCAAGUCCAGGCUCCGCAUCUCGAAUGCCCAGACCACGGACACCGGCAACUACACGUGUCAGCCAACGACGGCCAGCAGCGCCAGUGUCCUGGUCCAUGUGAUUAAUGAUGAGAAUCCCGCUGCGAUGCAGAAGAGCGGGGCGUGUCCUCGUGCCCUCGGUCCGCUCCAGCUGUUCUGGCUGUUCUGGCCGUCCUGGCUGCUGGAGUUGUUGUUGCGAGCGGUAUUGACUGCUGGCAACUGAAACCGAAAGUUGUCCCCAUCGUUGUUGGCACUCUAAUUGCAGCAGAACGAGAAAAUUAUGUUCCAUGACGUUGGCAUUUUUUUAGUACCGAGUUGUUCGCUGUUUUGUUAGAAUUCUGGAAUGGAGGAUGGAGAAAAACGGGCCAAGGGAAAAUGGUGAAGGCAAACAACACAGUCGCUUUCCCUUUCAGGCGAAUGUUUGUUUUCCUUUUAAUAUUUACAUUUCAUUGUGCAAAAUGAGACACUGAGCCGGGGCAAGGCAAUGGAAAAUGCAAAAUGCAGAAUGUAAAAUGCAAAGGACGAAGGACAAAAAGAAUGACACUCUCUGUAAAUACCACAAAGAUGCGGCGUAGCUUACAGAUAUACUUACAAAUACAAAAGUGUGUAUUUUAUUUCAUUACAACGGCUCACCACAAAGGAUCCACACACACACACACACACCCGCACACACAUCGACUUUAUCAACAUGUCAUGCUGUCUUAACAGAGAGCCAAGCUAACCAAAAGGAAAAUAUAAUAAGAAAAAUGGGAGAAAGCCCUACACACAGUCACCCACAUAAGUACGCACACACCACAUUCACAUUCACCCACGCCCAAUAACUACUAGCCCAAAAAAUUGUAAUAUAUAUGAACGACAAACGAAAAACAAAAAAACUCUCAUCUGAUAAACUAAAAGCAAAAAAACUUAAUUAUAUACACUAACUUGUAUGGAAUUUAUUUAUGGGCAAAAUGAAAUUUAGUCACACGGCACCCGACGUCGUAAUGCGAAUGGAAAUUGAAUUAAAUAAAUAAGAAUUGCAAUAUGUGAAAGCGAAAGGCAAAUUGCGAAACUAAACCAAUUGCGGCAUGCUCGACUAAGUUUUGUGUUGCACAUCCGAGUAAUACCAUGGGUAGACAUGAAUUUACUACACACGUAAGCCAGUAAGAAGAUUUUAGAUAAUUUAUGUGAUGACAAAAACCCAAUGAAUAAAUCAAUGGAAUGAACUCUUUCAACAAUAAAUCUGAAACGAAAAAAACGACUGAGCUUUUCAUUUUGUGCUGCGGCAAAACUUUUAACGUCUUCCAUGAAAUGCGGUG